AUGUGCUUUAUUUUCGUGGGGUGCUUUAAUUUCCGUCGUUUUGCAAACACUCAACACAAAACCCCCAAAACAAAACAAAUCAGUGAAAAAAGCGAAAACGAGCGUUUCAUUACAGAAAGGUUGAAGGCAUUUCUGGUAAAAGGACCAUUGGGUAACCGUGAGAAAACCGGUUUCAAUAUUUGUCCUUCAAUGAAAUUUGUUUGUUUGUUCCGCAUUGAAAGCCCUUCCAACGGUAAACGGGAUUUUUGUGUAUCUGAUUUCCUGACGGGGACAACACGGUCACUUAUAAGACAAUAUUCAUGUGUGCAACAUUAUACAAUACAAACAGUUUGUGCUAUGAAAAUUGUCUUUAGGAAACCCGUUAGAUCACCAUAUGCUUCAGCAGCAUUGAUGAUGACUCUGAUUAUUUUCAAUUCUUUCUGGAUAAUCGUGGAAGUUAGUUCCGUUUUGAUUUUAGAAGUAAACAGAAGAAUUAAAGUUGACGUUUACAAUGUUAAAGUUAAGAAGAAAGUUUCAAGAUAA